CUUCAGCAUGGAUAUCAAUUCUCUACUUUCGCCGCAAGAUUCGCCGGCGCGAGAAACUCCUCCACCGCACCCGCCCAUCGCAUCGCCUGCGAUACAAUCACCAAGCAAGCGCGCCUUUCGACAGAUGCCCUCGCGCACAUCCUCCGGUCUUAGCCAGCAGAUAACAUCCUCGCCGCAACCACCAGCGCAACCGCUACAGCAGCAGCAUCUCGCCUACCAUUCUGUGCCAUCACCAAAUCUAUCUGGCUUCACCAACGGCCACAGGCCGAUACAUAGUGCCACAAGCACUCCUCCAAUACCUAUUCACUCGCCCCAUGAUGCGAGCAUGAACUCGCCGCAUCCCCCUCCCAGGCAAACAUCGACACCUGGGAUGGAUGCACUGGCAGAUCUUGCAACUAUGCAGCAUCAUCAGCAGGCUGUCAGACAGACUUCUGCUCCGCGACCUCCCUACAGUCUCCAGAACAUACCACGCACGAUCUCCGGCGGUUCCGUCCGCAGCGAGGUCUCCACUAUGGCCGACGCUCCCGCGCGCACCUUCGCCACAAAGGCACUCGAACCAGCGCACAUCGAGUACCUGCAGCAGCUCGACAAAGCACUAAUCGAUAAUCCGUUGGAUUAUUACAGCCAUGUGUCAUAUGUCACUAUACUCCACCAAGGCUUCGAAUAUCAUGUUUCGUCACUGGACCCCGCUAACCCGCGUUCCUACGAGCUACUUACCAUUCUUCGAGAUGCGUACCAAAUCAUGGCAAAGAAGUAUCCACUUGGCGAAGUACUAUGGCAAUAUCGGCUCAACGACGAGAAAACAUUGGCCAUGAAUAUCGAGGACAGAGUGACUGUACUGGAAUACUACAAGCAGGCAACUUUGGAUGAGCCUUAUAGCACAAAUCUCUGGCUUUCAUACGGCGAGUAUGUCGCCUACCUGAUGGCCUGCUCUUGGGAUCAGACUCCACCGGAACAGUGGUCAGUGGAAGACCGAGGUCUCGGUCGCGACCUUUUCACCCCACAGCUGUUGCUGGAUGUUUGGCAACAAGGUUCCGACAAGGUCAAGUAUAGUAUCCAAGAUAGUAGUACGGUAUGGGAUCGAUAUCUUCAAUUCCUACGAGAUGACCUCCAGCGAAGUCCGCCCAACCCGGAAAAGACCGCGCGAGUGUUGGCGAUAUACCGCGAGCGACUUGGCCAACCUCACGCCACCUGGGGCAAUACUCUGUCUAACUACGCCUCCUUCGUUUCAUCCAUGAAUCUAGAUCCCGAGGACGCAAUGGAGAAGGCAAUCCAGCAGAAUACCCAUAUCAAACAGCAAUACGCGAACCGGGAGGAAUUCGAAUUCAAACUACUUCAAGCUGUUCAGCAAGGAGACCGAGACGCCGAGUACUAUGCUAUGACUCGGUACUUAAAAUGGGAAAAGAAGACUGUGGGUAUUUACAGCACGCACCUAGUCCAUGCGCUCUACGAGCGUGCCACCCUCCGAUUUCCGGUGGAUCCGAUCCUGUGGGAAGACCACAUUGAAUUCUUGAUUUGGCAGAAUGAUCGAUCACAGAACGAUCGCUCCAUUGAUUUGCUCAAUGUAGUCGAGCGUGCUACUCAGCAUUGUCCUUGGUCUGGCUCACUAUGGUCCCAUCGCAUACUUACAUUAGAAGCUGAACAGCGUCGAUUCGAGGAGAUUGAGGGCGUCAAGCAUACUGCCACAAAUACCGGCUUGCUGGAGCACAACGAUAUAGAGGAAUUGAUCAAGGUUCAGAUUGCAUGGUGUGGUUAUCUCCGUCGUAAAGCGUUCGACCAUGAGGCCAGCGAGGACGAUGCUGAUAUCGCCGAGGUCGGCAUCCGCUCUGCAUUAGAGCACGUCAGUGAAGUUGGCAUGAAGAAGUACGGACGCACGUGGCCUGGUGAUCCCAAGUAUCGCCUUGAACGCAUCCAUAUCAAGUUCUGGCUUCAGCGCGGUAACAUGGAGGAGGCUCGCAACAUUUGGGACUCGCUCAUCAAGGCUCAGAGCGACUCAUACGAUUUCUGGUAUCGAUUCUACAUCUGGGAGAUGGUAGUUUGGGCGAAUGAUGCCGUCCGAGACAAGACCAACGCAGGCCGGCCCCUGCUCACCCCUUCUAAAGCCACUGCCGUGCUAGAAAGGGGCAUGCAACGUUUGACCACUAUCGACCAGCCCGAGCCGUUAGUUGAGAUGUACGUCAACCAUUGCGAGCAGCACGAAUCAGUCUUGAAGGUGCGGAGCGCACAGAUUGAGCGUCGACGCUCCGAACGCGUUGUUUCCAUACGCAGACAGCGAGAGGCGGAAGCUGUAGCUGCAGCUGCAGCAAGUCAACAACAAGCAACCGCUGAUAUUUCUGAGGUAUCCGCCAAACGGAAGCGCGAGGCUGUCAAUGAUGAGUCUGUGCCAGCUAAGAAGACCAAACAAGUCGAAGCAGAAACCGGUCCUUCAGAUGCAUCAAGAGCGAUCAGCGAAGCACCAUCAAACGCAGCUUCCACAACGCAGAAGCGGGAUCGCGAGCACACCGCAAUCAUUGUACAGCGUCUUCCUACAAGCGUCACACAGGUCCAACUGCGCAAGUUCUUCACUGACGCUGGAAACGUUCUGAACAUAACCCUGAAUCCCGAGGCCACGAGCACAACAGCUUUUGUGGAGUUCGAAACACCCGAGGAAGCCGAAUAUGCUCAAACGAAAGCUGCCAAAGGCUUUGAAGGUCACGACAUUACUAUCACGCGCAGCGAAAGUACAACACUCUAUGUCGCCAACUAUCCCCCGGAGGCCGAUGAAGCGUACAUUCGCUCAAUCUUCGGCUCCUUCAAGAUCAUCAACAUUCGAUUUCCGUCACUCAAAUUCAAUACACAUCGCCGUUUCUGUUAUGUCCAGUUCGCGGAUGCUGGGGAUGCAAUGGCAGCUACUAAGCUGGACAGUACGGAUGUGGACGGUUUCAAGUUGAUUGCGAAAAUAUCGAACCCCAACGCCAAGAAAAAGCGUGACGGGGCUACUGCUGAGGGCCGUGAAGUGUACGUUUGGCGUCUGAACUUCAAGAUCAAAAAACAGGAGAUACAGGAGAGCUUCGCCCCGUUCGGAAAGAUCGACAGGGUCAAUAUUCCCACCAUGGCAAACGGAAACAACAAGGGCUUCGGAUAUAUUGUGUACGAGUCAAAGGAACAUGCGGACGCAGCUGUUGCUGCCAUGGAUGGAAAGGAACUGUGGGGGUUUGAACUCAAAGUCCAAAUCGCCAGCGACAAAAAUGACAUCAAGCCUAAAGUCAAAUCGUCAAUUGAGAACACUGAGCCAGCCAAGGACCGAGAUGUAACGCCUGCUGCGGACACUGUCGUCACUGAGCCAGCAAGUCUCGCGGAUCGUUCUAUUGCGCUUUUGAACCUUCCGGACACCGUCAAUGACGCUCGAGUUCGAGCGCUCGUCGCAUCAUAUGGCUAUAAGAAGAUCACGUUGAUGCCACAGCAUGGCGGCGCUAUCAUUGAAUUCCCCAGCGUCGACGCUUCCGGAAAAGCAGAGAUUGCCCUGCAAGGACAGGAUUUCGACGAUCGGAAAUUGCGUGUUGGAACUGUGAAGGAGUUGAAGCAACAGAAGGGCGAAAUGAAAUCUUCAUAUGUGCAGCCGACAAACGUCAAGAGGCCUACCGCAUCUGUUGGUAGGGGGGGCAUGAGGGGCCGCGGCAGACCUGGGCUGGGUCAGAGGCCUAUGGUGCCUAGGGCUACUGCUGCUACGAACAACGGGGAAGCAAAGAGCAACCAGGAGUUCCGGGACAUGUUACUUGGGAAGACUGGUGAUAAAAUGGACGAGUAG